CAAUGCCUUAAUGUUUCAAUUUCAGACACUUAAUUUAAUCCAAUAGAAUAGUUUAACAGGAAUAUAAGUCUCUAACAUGAAGAAUUUGCAUAUCAUUAUUUCGGGGUUAUUUGCACUUAGUUUCUUCUGGAAAACAGGGAAUGCCACUAUAUGCAUGAACUGCACUUCCGCAUCUUUGGCGCCAACUGCCGGAUGUCACGAAGAUUUUUCGGACGAAUUUCUUAUUGAAUGUGAAGAGACGGAAACGUUCUGCCAAGUCAUAAGAUAUGAAGGAUCAUUUGGCGGUUCCGAGCUCAUCCAGUAUGAAAGGACGUGCGCUAAAAGAAAAGUUGAAAAAUGUGCUCUGGUGAACACUGCUGAAUAUGACGGUGUAUCAUGCACAUAUACGUGCGAAGGAGACGGUUGCAAUGGUAUGAAUGUUUUUCCAAAUGAGCCCGAAUUCACAACCACACUCUCGCCACUUACCGAGGCAUUUUCUAUGGUGGACGAAACAUCAAAACCGUACGAUAUGGAACCUGAGACUACGGCAGAAAUAGGCGCGACGGGAGAGCCGGAAACAACACCGGAGUGGGGUGCUUCGCCAGAGCCGGAUAGUACACCGGAGUCUGUACCGGAGUAUUCGACUCCGAGAGCAGAACCACCCGUUCCGGAUACAUCUUCGGAGCCCAGAAGUCCACCGCGCUGCUUCAACUGCUCAUCAAAUACAUACGAUCCCACAGAUGGAUGUCACGGCGAUGACUUUUCCGAUGGUUAUUUGACGAAAUGUGCAGCUGAAGAUCAGUACUGUCUGAUUACAAGAAUGUCAACGGAUGUUGAAGGAGCUGAGUACAGCGAGUACAGUCGGACAUGCAGCCCGGUAGCUGUUGCAAUUGGAUGCGAAAUUCUUGACUAUGAUUAUUAUUCUGUUACAAAGUGUGUUUACACAUGCAAUACAGAUGGUUGCAAUACAUUAAACAUCUUCCCUGGCGAAGAUGGAUAUACUCCCCCUACCACGGCCCCCCUGGAAGCUACUACGACACCAAGUGGUGCAACUCAAAUUCAUUUCAAUAUCUACAUCGUUUUGCAUCUUCUGUCUCUAACGUUAUUUGUUCUGUUUUAAAAUGAAGAUUUCUGUUUCUAUUCUCAGGCAGUACUUAAGUUUAUGCUAUAAAUCCUUAAUCUCUGACUUGAAUAUUAUUUAUGUUUACCAACUCCAUCCUAUUCUUUACGUUAAUUCAGAUUGGAGACAAUUUAUCUUUUUUUUUCCAUCAGAACUCUAGAGCCAUAAUUACUAAUUUUUGAAUGGAAUUUCAUUUAUGUUGUGGAUUUAUGAAGCUCAUGCGUCCUUGAUUUUCCCUUAAUAAAUUAAAACAAAAAUCAUCGAAAUAUUAAUUACAGGUAGGCUACCAAAAUUCCCCAAAAAUUGAGAUAAUAAAUUGAAACUAAAAAGAAUAUAUUAUUCUUUCCCACCCACGCUCUUUCAUUGUGUUUCUCAUUUCAGUCUGCUUAAUCGAGGAAUACCCCUUCAGUCUCAAGGCAGGACAAAUGUUAAUGUUGAUACAUGAAAUUUGCGUUGCGCUAUGUUGGUUGUUUGACCACAUUUAUUAUUCUCUGUGAUUUGACUACCAAAGCCUCGCUCAUCAAUAAAAACAGUACACUUAUGUCAAAUUGUUAGAACCUAAAAUAUUUACUUAGAUACUCGAACCUUGGGUCUCGCUGUUUGAUAACCAGCUUCAGUUCUCCGCGGCUUUCUUUCUCCAGUGCAAUUAGUUUUCAAAAUUAUAUUUUUGAACUUUGUAUGUUACUUUUUACUGGAUGGAAUAAAUAAACUCGACUAUGACUGUCA